AUGAAGAUGCUCUACCAAGACGCCUUGGCAGACCCCUACAGGCUCGCGUGUGUGUCCGAGAUGUACCACCAACAAGACCCACCACCGCCCAUGGACCCUUCCAGCACAGGCGUCCGAUACAUGAACGACAUCAUGCACGACAUCUCCAACCCAGCACAGAUGGCCAUCCGCCAGGUGGCAAGAUCCUUCGCUUGCUCUCACUACAAGAUCACGCCCUUCCUCGGCAAGUUCAGAAAUCGCCCCAACACCGACACGGUGAUCCACCCGGAGCUCAUCCACGUCGACCCCUACAGCAACAAACAGGACACCACCGACUACCCACUGGUACAAGUCCUCGUCAUACCACUACGCACCACCAAACCCCCACCUCACGCACACGAUGCCAACAGUCCAUCACCUCCCAAGCACAAGGGCGCCUACAAGGCAUAUUGGUCACACGCUACCGAUGAAGCAGGCCUAUGGCACAUCCUGCGCGAGGGCUUCGUCAGACCCACGAAUUGGGAGCCCACCAAUUGGGAUGACGACAACCUCCCCUACAACAAAGCAUACUUACCCCACCGUGGGUUCAACGGAUUCCACCAAGACAACUCACCCGACAACCUUCAACUCGGAUUUUGCCACACCAACCUCCGCAAAGCCCUCCGCCUUCCAAAGGCCAGAGCAGGUCCUGCCGAACGAGAAAUAGCCACAGGUUUCACCAUAUUUGGACGCGUCACAUCGUCCACCUCCCAGCAUAGCCACAUGCGGCAGAAGGGAGGGGGAUGGACGACUCAGAAGGCGCUCAUCGAGGCACACUUCAACGACACCAGCCGAGCCAGUCGCAACUUCACUACAGUCUUCUCCCACACCGAGAAGAGCGUCAUUGAUGCACAGUACGCUGAGAUCACCGGGAUCACCAUCAACACAAUGAACGCGGACAACAACGUUGACAACUACCUGAGCUGGCGAAUCCUUCCACCUCAUCGUGAAGAGCAAAGUGACGAUUUCUUUUUCACCUUCACGAACCCUCACUCGUGCGGUACCAGCGCGGAAGACGUCAAGCGGAACAGGUCGCAGAUUGGAUGA